CUUCCCGCCCAUCCGUUCCCUCUCUCCUGCGCGUGCGCUGUCGGCCCGGCUCCGUCGGCGGCCGAGUGACAAGAUGGCGGCGUCCUCUAUGUGCCGGGUGGGCUGUGUGGCCGGGCGGGCUCUCCUGCGGGGCCCCCGCUCCCCCGCAGCCUUAUUGACUUUGACGAGGAACCGAGGUGUUGCUACUUAUGCCCAGGCACUCCAUAAUAUUCCUGAAACACAAGUCACCACUCUGGAAAAUGGUUUCCGGGUAGCUUCAGAGGAGUCUAAUCAGCCGACAUGUACGGUGGGUGUGUGGAUUGGGGUGGGGAGCCGCCAUGAAAAUGAGAAGAACAAUGGAGCUGGCUACUUCCUGGAACAUCUGGCAUUUAAGGGCACAAAGAAGCGUCCUUGUGCUGCCUUUGAGAAGGAAGUGGAGAGCAUGGGUGCUCACCUUAAUGGGUACACCUCGCGUGAGCAGACUGCCUAUUACAUAAAAGCCCUGUCCAGGGACAUGCCCAAAGUUGUCGAGCUUCUGGCUGACGUUGUGCAGAACUGUGCACUGGAGGAGUCUCAAAUCGAGAAGGAACGCGGCGUCAUCCUUCAGGAGCUGAAAGAAAUCGACAACAACUUGACGGAUGUUACCUUUGAUUACCUUCAUGCCACUGCUUUCCAGGGGACUGCAUUGGGCCGCACUGUUGAGGGGACCACUGAGAACAUCAAGCAACUGACUCGUGCAGAUCUAGCUUCGUAUGUUGAUACUAACUACAAGGCACCUCGUAUGGUCCUGGCAGCUGCUGGAGGUAUUUCGCACAAGGAGCUGGUAGAUGUAGCUAAGCAACACUUCAGUGGAGUGCCCUUCACUUACAAAGAGGAUGCUGUGCCUGUUCUCCCACGCUGCCGCUUCACUGGGAGUGAGAUUCGUGUCAGAGAUGAUGCUCUGCCCCAUGCCCAUAUUGCUCUUGCUGUGGAGGGCCCAGGAUGGGCUGAUCCUGACAACGUCACCCUCCUUGUGGCUAACUCUAUCAUUGGACGCUACGACCGCACAUUUGGAGGUGGUAAGAAUCAGUCCAGCAGGCUGGCUACACUUGCUGUGGAGCAUAAACUCUGCCACAGUUUCCAGACGUUCAACACCUCCUACUCUGAUACCGGCCUCUUUGGUUUCCAUUUUGUUUGUGAUCCUCUGUCCAUAGACGAUAUGCUGUAUUGCGCUCAGGGCGAGUGGAUGCGUCUGUGCACUAGUACCACAGAGUCGGAGGUGAAGAGAGCCAAGAACUUCCUCCGAAAUGCCAUGGUGGCUCAGCUGGAUGGUACUACCCCAGUGUGUGAGAAUAUUGGAAGCCAUCUCUUAAACUAUGGACGCCGUAUCCCUCUGGAGGAAUGGGAUUCCAGGAUUGCUGCUGUUGAUGCAAGAAUGGUGCGGGAGGUCUGCAGUAAAUACAUCUAUGACAAAUGCCCAGCAGUUGCAGCAGUUGGUCCCAUUGAACAGCUUUUGGAUUACAACCGUAUCCGCAGUGCCAUGUACUGGAUUCGUUUCUAGGAUGUGUCCCUGAAGGAUGGAAAUAGUGAAGUUGUGGACUGUGACAGGGCUCCUGAGGUUCUGUCUGGCUCUGAAUGUCUUGUGCGCCAGGGACAACAUUGGUCCUGUCAAAACGGCUGUCAUCUUGAUGUUAAAUGUGUAAUAAUAAAAAUAAAUAUAUCCUAAAUGGA